GCAAAGAGUUUCGGGGCGCUGGCGAAGGUGAAAGGUGAGGAGGGCCAGCCUGUCACGGAGAAGUUUGGGAAUAACUGAGGCGCGAAGGGGGAAACCAAGGUAAGGAGCCAGUACUUGGGCUCCUCUCCGCACCCCGCCCCUUUCUCCGUGCUCAUCCGCCCGCCCACCCGGCAGCCUCGAGGCCCCGGGCUGUCCCAGGCGGCUGCAGUUUGCGCGCCGCGGUAGAGGAGUCCAGCAAGGUGCAGCGCCACGCGUCCUGGCUCGCGGACAUCAGACGACACAGAUCUGAAGAAACCACUUGGCCGGGGCUUUCUAAAUUGCUAUGAACCAUGGCCCAACUAUACUACAAAAAGGUCAACUACUCACCGUACAGAGACCGCAUUCCCCUGCAGAUUGUGCGGGCCGAGACAGAGCUCUCUGCAGAGGAGAAGGCCUUUCUCAGUGCUGUGGAGAAGGGGGACUACGCCACUGUGAAGCAGGCGCUACAGGAGGCCGAGAUCUACUACAAUGUCAACAUCAACUGCAUGGACCCUCUAGGCCGGAGUGCCCUGCUUAUUGCCAUUGAGAAUGAGAACUUGGAGAUCAUGGAGCUACUGCUAAACCACAGCGUGUAUGUGGGCGAUGCAUUGCUCUAUGCCAUUCGCAAGGAAGUGGUGGGUGCUGUGGAGCUUCUGCUCAGCUACAGGCGGCCCAGUGGAGAGAAGCAGGUCCCCACUCUGAUGAUGGACACCCAGUUCUCUGAGUUCACACCAGACAUCACUCCCAUCAUGCUGGCUGCUCACACCAAUAACUACGAAAUCAUCAAACUGCUUGUCCAAAAACGGGUCACUAUCCCACGGCCCCACCAGAUCCGCUGCAACUGCAUGGAGUGCGUGUCUAGUUCAGAGGUAGACAGCCUGCGCCACUCCCGUUCCCGACUGAACAUCUAUAAGGCUCUGGCAAGCCCCUCACUCAUUGCCUUAUCAAGCGAGGACCCCAUCCUAACCGCCUUCCGCCUGGGCUGGGAGCUCAAGGAGCUCAGCAAGGUGGAGAAUGAGUUCAAGGCUGAGUAUGAGGAGCUCUCCCAGCAGUGCAAGCUCUUUGCCAAAGAUCUGCUGGACCAAGCUCGGAGCUCCCGGGAACUGGAGAUCAUCCUCAACCAUCGAGAUGACCACAGCGAAGAGCUUGACCCUCAGAAGUACCAUGACCUGGCAAAGCUGAAGGUAGCAAUCAAAUACCACCAGAAGGAGUUUGUUGCUCAGCCCAACUGCCAACAGUUGCUUGCCACCCUGUGGUACGAUGGCUUCCCUGGAUGGCGGCGGAAACACUGGGUAGUCAAGCUUCUGACCUGCAUGACCAUUGGAUUCCUGUUUCCCAUGCUGUCUAUAGCCUAUCUGAUCUCACCAAGGAGCAACCUUGGGCUAUUCAUCAAGAAGCCCUUUAUCAAGUUUAUCUGCCACACAGCAUCCUAUUUGACCUUCCUCUUCAUGCUUCUCCUGGCUUCUCAGCACAUUGUCAGGACAGACCUCCAUGUACAGGGGCCUCCCCCAACUGUCGUGGAAUGGAUGAUACUGCCUUGGGUUCUAGGUUUCAUUUGGGGGGAGAUUAAGGAGAUGUGGGAUGGUGGAUUUACUGAGUACAUCCAUGACUGGUGGAACCUGAUGGAUUUUGCAAUGAACUCCCUCUACCUGGCAACUAUUUCCUUGAAGAUUGUGGCCUAUGUCAAGUAUAAUGGUUCUCGUCCAAGGGAGGAAUGGGAAAUGUGGCACCCGACUCUGAUUGCAGAAGCACUCUUCGCGAUAUCCAACAUUUUAAGUUCAUUGCGUCUCAUAUCCCUGUUCACAGCCAACUCCCACUUAGGGCCUCUGCAGAUCUCUUUGGGGCGCAUGCUGCUUGAUAUCCUCAAAUUCCUCUUUAUCUACUGCCUGGUACUUCUGGCUUUUGCCAACGGACUGAACCAGCUUUACUUUUAUUAUGAGACCAGAGCUAUCGAUGAGCCUAACAACUGCAAGGGGAUCCGAUGUGAGAAACAGAACAAUGCCUUCUCCACGCUCUUUGAGACCCUUCAGUCACUCUUCUGGUCUGUAUUUGGCCUUUUAAAUCUAUAUGUCACCAAUGUGAAAGCCAGACAUGAGUUCACCGAGUUUGUGGGAGCUACCAUGUUUGGGACAUACAAUGUCAUCUCCCUGGUAGUGCUGCUGAACAUGCUGAUUGCCAUGAUGAACAACUCCUACCAGCUUAUUGCCGACCAUGCCGAUAUUGAGUGGAAGUUUGCAAGGACAAAGCUCUGGAUGAGUUACUUUGAUGAAGGUGGUACCUUGCCACCUCCUUUCAACAUCAUCCCCAGUCCCAAGUCAUUUCUAUACCUUGGUAACUGGUUCAACAACACCUUCUGCCCCAAAAGAGACCCUGACGGUAGACGGAGAAGGCACAACUUGAGAAGCUUCACAGAACGCCAUGCUGACAGCCUGAUACAAAAUCAACAUUAUCAGGUAAAGCUUCCUCGCAGGGACAAAGCGCAGUAGUUCUUGGCUGGUUCUGUGGAGUAGAAGUCCACUCUGGCUAUAUCUGGACAUGACUCCGCUUGACUGGGGUGGGAGGCUUAGAAAGGUUAUAAUUUAUCAAAGGUUGAAGUAGCUCUUCAGAGUGGAAUUGCCUGCUUUAAAAUCCUGUUCACAGCCCUUUAACCCUGCCUCAGCUUGAUCAGCAACAUCCCUGGCUUAGAAAGCCACCUUCCUGGACAGUAAGUAAAAUAGAAUAUGUAGUCGGUCAGUCAGUUAACAAAUAUCUGAGUACCUGUUGUACAUAAAACAUGACACUGGAGAAAACGCUAUGAACUAGAAAGAUGAGGUCUUUUUGCCCUUAUGAAGUUUAUCAUGUAAUAGGGAUAAAGGAAAAACUGCAGUUGACCCUUGAACAACACAGGUUUGAAAUGCGUGGGUCCAUUUAUAUGUGGAUUUUUUUUUUUCAGUCAAAAGCAGAUGGAAAAUACAGUAUUCGCAGGCUGUAAAACCCACCUAUAGAGAGGGUCAACUUUUUGCAUGCAUGGGCUGUGUAGGGCAACUGUAGGACUUGAGCAUGCACAAAUUUUGGUAUACAUGGGAGGUCCUGGAACCAAUCCCCCAUGUAUCCCAAUGGACAACUGUAUUAAAAUUAAGUGAUUACAAAGCAAAACCUGCUGUGAAGAAAAAGUACAUAGGGUAAUAGGAAUAUAUAAUAAGUAAGGAAUACAUAACAGAAGGAAACUAACCUCAAUGAAGUAAAAGCUUAUCUGAAUGUCAGGAACUUACAUCUUGAUAAAUGAGAACAUGACUUUAGUCAAAGAAAUUGGUUAACACGUCAGCAUUAUAAAAACAAGUAAUAAACCUAAUAAACAUUAGGGCACUCUUCUCACCAGCUAGAAACAACCAAGCAUCCAAAUAUCUGGAACAUCUCUUGAAAGCAAUCCUUUCAAAUCACAAAUAAGAGACAACUCUUUCUCCUUCUGAUCAAAAGAAACCCAAAGUAGGAAAAUGUUCUGACAGGCUUAAAGGAAAUCCAUCCUUAUUCUACAAGUCACUUCUCCUAACUUUGUUCCUCUUAGGCCAUAAUUAACAAAAGAAACAGAAAAUACAGUAUUCGGUAGGUAACCCUUCUCUCACUAUUGCCACCUCCAACCCUUAUUAUUUUCACAAUAAUGAAUCUUA